UGACACAGCUGCCAGCAGAUAUGGAGAGCGCCUUGCGGACGCAGUAGGGACAUCAGACUUCACGCACGCACACAGAAACUGACACAGCCAGACGCGCAAAAGGAGAAAACUAACGCUUCUUUGUUUCCUCGUCGACCUUCACAGCCUCCAGCAGGCUCAUGGAGAGCGGAGCCCUGCUUGUCCGAACCGGGGGCAGGUUGAUCGGAUGCCUUUCAUCCCAGCAGCGCCGUUAGAUGUUUCCCAUUCAGGAUUAAUUGGUUGACCAAUGGCUCCCAAACAUGCGCGCCUCUCCAGCAGCGGUGGCCCCGGGGUCGGAGGGGUAAAUAAGAAAGAAGACCCCUGCUCUUCCUCCUCGUCACUAUGGAUCCUGGAUGCGGGGAUGGUGGCCGUCUACUCGCCGAGGACCGGGAAGAGGACGCGCGUGCUGAAUGGAAUGGUGGCCCGGUGGUUUGUGACCAUCGGCGCGGUGCUGAUGCUGAUGAUGCAGAGCUCCCUGGCCGCUGACGCUGAGGGAGGUCAUCAUGAGUCAAUGAGGCAGGCUGACUUGCUUCUGGACCCCGCAGUGACUUCCAACCUCUCGGCCACCCCUGGGAUUGGAGACAAAGCUGGGGCUAACAACAAGGAUACAAUGGAUGGGCCUCACACUGGUCCUGAUGCUGGGUCUGAAGCUUGGCCUGAGGCAAAAGUGUUUGCUGAAGCCAGAACAGCAGUUUGGACAGAAACAGAAGCAGGAGUGCGUGCUGAAGCGGGUGGCAAAGUCUUUACCGAGACUGGGAUUAUGACAGGAACUGGUGCUUGGGCUGAAGUCGGAGCAGAAUGGAGCCCCGUAGACACAGAAGGGGAAGACCUGCCGAGCAUGCCUGGGGACACAGCUCCCUGGCUGGGGCAGCGGAGGCUACAGACAGAUGGAGAGGAAAGAAGAGAGCAGGCAGCUUUCUCAUCUGUCCUAACCAUGCUGGCAGAGACAGCAGAGCUGCAGGCUCCAGUGGUUGGAAAACCUUUAGGGCUGCUGUCUAAAGCUGCUUGGACCAAAAGCUCCUCUUCAUCAUCGGCCAAAGCCACCUCCUCCUCUACGACAAAAGCAUCCUCUUUGCCUUCUUCCUCCACAUCCUCCUCCUCUCCAGCUAGUACACUACAAGACAGUCACACAGCAGGAUCACAGAAUAUAUCUGUGCUUGUUGUCAACGCUAACUACUCCAACAGCAACAGUAGCCCCACCAUUGAGGACUCAGUGAGCAGCCUGCCGGCCUGGGAUCUCCCUACAGUCCCCGAAUCACUCCUGUCCACAGUGGGUGACCAUGAUGUCACACUUCCUGCCAAUGUCACCAGCCCUUUCUCCACCCACCAGUGGAACACCACCGCACCUGUGCGCACCAGAAACGCCUCACGGCGUCCGACCACCACAACGACCACCACCACCAUAAAGAUGCCUCUGUCUCCCACUACCAGCUCAACUUUACCAUUCCCCACAACUGCAAGAGCACAAACACCACCAGAAUCCAGCACGGCUACACACAUCACAAGCCAGGACACUGUGACCAACGACAGUCUUCAGCUGACAACAGUAACUACAACAACACCCUUAACGACCACUCUUACUGUGACCACCAAUGAUGUGACGAAUCAGGCAGCAACCACUGGGAGCGAUGCAACGUUAUCGCCAAAUACCAGUGCUGCAACCACUACGCAGCAAACGACAAGCAUCAGACUUACCACAACAACUCAACCUGCAACCACUACAACAACCACACCUGCCCCGACUACUGCUUCUACUACUACUCUUCCCCCGACUACUACCACCAGCACCACCACCAGCACCACCACAACUACUACUACCACCACUACCACCCCUGAGCCCACUACUACUACCACCAUGGCUACCACGACUACUACAGCUCCCACUACUACUACUUCUACCACAACAACAACAAAGGCGCCUGCUACCACUGUGUUCAUCCAGACUACUCCACCUCCUCCUCCAUCUAGUACCAGUGCAGAAGAAAGUCCUCUGCCAUGCAACAUUACUGAAAAGUUUUGGGUUAGAACAGUGUUAUCUAUUGAGCUGCGCAGGAACCGCUUAGACCUCAUACUGAAACAUCACCUCUCCAAAGGUCUGAGUCAUGCCUUGCAGAGAGCCCUGAAUGACUCCACUGUUUAUGCACAGGUGGAACAUGAUGACUGCAGCCCCCACAACGUGACGCUGGGAUACUACGUGACCAACGGGAAAACUGUCUACAUUUCCGCCAUGGUUGUCAGAGCCCUGAAUGUUUACGGUUUUGACAAGCUGCUGUCGGACAUCAGGCAGCACACGCCAUUGGUUAAGGCCGUUCUGGUUCCCGUGGCAACCUGGGUGCCUGCUCCAAAUAUUCACCUGCAGCUGAAAACAGUGUUGAGAUUUGUUGGCCCGACAGACAACAUCUACUCCUGCAGUUUUGUUCAGAUGUUGGAGCAGAGGCUGGAGAACGCCUUUGAUGAAGCUCAGGACAAAGUGCUGGAGACCUACAACACACUCACUGUUGAGAUCCAGAGUGUCUCCCAGGAGCCUGACUCCCCCUCAGUCACUCUGGUGUAUGUGGUGAAAAAUCAGGAUUCAAUACUUAACGGGACAAUUUCCAGCAGUCUUCUCAACCAGCUCACUGCUGAGCUGGUGGGGUACUUUCUGUUCUACCCACCGCUGGUCAUCGCUGAGCGUAAGUGCAUCCAUAAUACACUCAAUACACUUUUACACCAUUUAAACACCAAGACUUCAACACGCAGGCUUUGGCAGCUUUCAGUGAUCCAGGAUGUAGACAGCUCCUCCCUGGAGGUCAACUACCAAAGCUUUGCCAGUCUUAUGGAGCAACGGCUAGCUGAGCUCUUCCUGGUGGCUGGCAGGCAGGGCCCUCGGACGGCGAGAUCCCGGCGGGCCACCACUGUGGGGGGCUACACCGUACAGAUGGUGAGCAUGCGUAGACUUCCCGGUCCCAAGAACCCAGCAGAGAUGACCUACUAUGCCCAGCUGAAUGGAGCACCCAUCUCUGGAACCACAGCUGCUAAAACACUGAGCAGUCUGGACUCCCAGACCAUGGCUCUGACCCUGGGAUACUUUGUACAAGUCCAGGCUGAACCUGUGGUAAAGACACCGCCCAGCAACCUGUGGAUCAUGGCCGUUCUGACGCCUCUCUUCUUAUUGAUGGUGGUGAUUGGGAUGGUGGCCUUCAUUCUGUGUAAGAGAAACAGGGUCCUUUUUAAAACGGGCGCCUUCAGGACCUUUAAAACUCGAUCCAAGACUUCAUAUCGAAGGGAGGGCAGUUACCACCACCAGCCUGUCCAGGGCUUCGACUAUGCCAAGAAGCACAUGGGUCGAACUGGCGAUGAGGCGGUCUCUGUUACUAAGGAGACGCUGGUGUUGGGGCUGCCUGUGCGAGACGCUCCAUUGUCGCUGUCACUGGAUAAGAAGGUGCACCAGGAUGGGACUGCCAAUAAGAGGCCUCCGUCUGCUGACAUACACAAAGGAGGGAGGUUGCCAAGUGAUGAGGAUGGCUCGGUGUCGAGUAACGGCUCCGGGAAGCUGAACACCAGCAAGAGCUCCUCGGCCCGGAGGACUGCGACUGGCAGCAGCAGCAAGAACGGCAAGGAGGAGCUACACAAGAGGGGCACCAACGAUCCCUAUGAAGACCAUACAGGCUCUCUGCGUCUCAUCACUAUCAAGCCCAUGACAGCCCAGCCAACCUACUCGUAUCCCUCUUCCUCUUCUCACAGCCAAGAUUCUGUGGUUGUCAAUGGGGACGCUAACCAUAGUGGGCUUAAACAGAAGUCCGACAUUGAGCACUACAGGAACAAACUGCGCCAGAAGGCCCGGAGGAAAGGCUACGGAGAAUUCUCGCUCUCCGAGACUGGAAGCCACGGUUAUAGCCACCGUGACACGAGGCACAGCCGGCACGACAGCGCGGUGAAAGAGCCAAUGACUGCAGAGGAAAAGAGGGCGUCCUUUGCAGGGUGUCACAAGAGGUACUCUCACCCACGAGAGCCUACAUACUGGAGCCGGCAGUCUCUGAGCAGCCCCAGUCCAGUAGAGACAGAGAUGGACCUGCUGGUGCUCAGGGAGAGAUCCAGGAGGGGCAUCCGCAAUAAUGGCUAUGAUGGUGAACCAGAACCCUUUGAGGAGACCAACGUGGACCGUCUGAUGAGCUCUCUGGGUUAUGGAGGUGGAUCUACUGGCACUGGGAACGGCAGCUUAGGGGUGAAGGCUCACCGUGGCUCCGACUCCUCCACACUCAGCUCCCAGCCAUCCAUUGACGAGGUCCGUACGCAGAUGCACAUGUUGCUAGGCAACGCUUUUAGCCUGGCACCCCCGGACCAUGACCCUCCUUCUCCUCCAACCAACCAUCACCAUCAUCAUCACCACGCUCACAGCGCCUACAACCCUUCCAGCACCAGCCACUACAGUGACGGAGUGACCAGUGCCCCCGGAACCAUGAACCACCCCUGUGGAGGCAGGCAGAGAAGCAUAGGCUAUGAGGACAUGCACCAGUGUAGCCUGCCCAAACCAGGUUUCCGGUUCACCCAGCUUCCUGAUAUGGGCAUCGGUUCUCCACCUCCACUGAUCCCCUCAAGACCAGGACCGCCACCUGCGACCUCACUGCGACGUUCCACCCCUGAUGUUAGUCUGAAGCCUCGCGUGUCAGAAGCCUCAGAGCUGCAGGCCCAGCAGCACAAUGGUGCCCCCUACCUGCCACUCUCCAGGACCCCCUUCCCCGCUGUCACUGUUGACCAGUCCAUCAGCACCUACUCAGGAAACCCAAUAACAGCAGUCUACGCUAUAUCGGCCAACCGCCCAGGUUACUCAGACUACUUCGUCAUGUCACCGCCAUCCUCAUACCGGAGUCCAUCAUGGAUGUCUUAUCCACCUGAACCAGAAGACCUGCCGCGGCAAUGGAACGACGCACCUAACUCACGUCACCUCGAGACCAUCUGCUGAAGUCGUCCGCCUGUGACACUGAGUGGAAACGGUCAGUAGCUCGGUGUCUCUUCAGAUGGGCAGAGGACCUCCUUCACACUCUUUGGAGCUUCAUCACCCCUCCUCGGCUCCGGCACAGCGCUCCUCCUGUAUGAUUCAUUCAUCACCAGUGGAGCCCCCCCUUCCCCCUCUGCCCUCACCUUUUCCCACAGCUCUCCUCUGCCUGCCCUCUGUCUGUCCUCUGUCAGCCCGCUUCAUCUCCAGCUCAAAGCAUUUCACAUCCUCCAGAGCUCCUCUGCCCCCUAAUCCCUCUUCACCUCGUCUUCGAUCUUAUGCCAAUGAAAAGCUCAGCCAUAAUUUUCUCUUUCUGUAUUCUGAGCCCCCGGCCUCACAGGCCCGUGCUGGCCCCUCUGGGCCUAUAGUCACUAUCUCCAUGUAGACUGCCUCUUCUGUGGUGACCACCGCUGUACAGUCCGAGGCCCCUCACACUGCUGAGCUGAGCUGCUGCGCUGUGCCUCCCUGCCUAACAACACAGACGCAGAGUGGAUGAACAGGGUGAUUACAGUACAGCGUGACAAGUUCUGUGGCCCAGCAAUCACCGUAGAGUAACUGCCAUCUGCCCAGCACGCGAUGGCAGGCAGCGCUGCGUUAUCAGUACUGUAGCGCCCCGGCCGUUGCCAGUAGUCUCCUCUUCUGAACUGGACUGGGCCAUCGUGGACUUGCCCCUAAGGUCCACCAUAAAGCCAGGAAAGCUGGACUGACUUAAAACUGUGUUUUGUUUUGUUUUUUUUGAUCAAUCCAAAUUCCUAUGUAAAAACUCAACAGCUGGUUAAUAUGUGUAUUUUAAACUUGAGUGAAAAAAAUAACUAAGGAAAAAGGAACAAAAAAAAAAAAAUCUCUUGUCUUGAGCUGUCUCUAUUUCAGUUUUUGGAUAUUUGUGUGCUUUUGUCUUUUACUUUUGUGCAUUGAUUAUUAUCAAUGGAUUAUUGUACAAAAAAAUGUUACUCCGAGGCAAAAAAAAUAUGACAUUCUUUGAAGCAGAGAAGUCGGUGGCUUAGUUGUCUGUGGUUAUGACGGCAUUUCUGUACUUUUUAAAAAGAAUUACUUCCUUUACCUUUUUCCUUCAUCCGACUCAGCAAUGAAAACAAGACUUACUGUAUGUCACUAUGUUCUGUCAGUCAUCUGAUUAUGACGUUUUUGUCUGCUAAACAUUAGACAGACCUGAGUCAGAGACACUCACGGAAAUCCUGCUCAGCAUGAUUUUGGUCACAUGCCGUUUCCUGAAAGGCACAAAAGGCACCUUGGAUAAAAACAUACUUAGUAUGAGCUGCUUUUGAAGGGGUUUCAGUUGUGGUUUGACUCAGGUCUCUUACAGUUAUGUGAACACACCAGUAUUCUUAGAAAAAAAAACAGUUCUUUUACUUGAACGGUGUCUACUGUAUUCUACUGUAACUUUGACUUUUGGUUCUUUUGAGGCCGAGGGAUUAUUAUUUGGUCGCCGGACUAUGGUUUAGUACUGUUCAAGAGACUCGCCGGGCUCAGACGAGCCGUAUAUGUAACGAUUACAUGUAUUACUGUAUAUAGCAGAUGAUUUAAUGAAGAGAUUUAUGCAAGUAGUGUGGGAGGGAAACUUGACAUUAUCACGAUGCCGUUCUUUUCUUUGUUUUAGCCUGUUUGGGUUUCAGAUGAAAGAAGGUUGUAACUUCUUGACUUUCUGAAGGUGGCGCACAUUUCAGUAUCAUAUUAUGUCAUAACACCGUGCAUAAAUCAUUACAUUAAGAAAGAAGAAGAGAGUUUAUAGUGAUGUGCAGCAAGAUAAUUUACCGCUGUAAUUGCAGUAUUCAUUAAGUAGAAAAGUUGAUAGCCAUAAUAGUAGAAAUAAUGCAAUUUUUUUUAUUAUGGGGAAUGUCUAGAAUAUAUUUAACCUCAUUUUUACUGAGGAAAACUGGAAUUCUGUGACCACACUGUACGUAAAGCUCCUUAUCAUUUAGAUGGUAUUAAAGGAGAUUAUAGCCAUAUAUUAACUUUAUCGAGUGGAUAUAAAAGAUCAAUGAUAUGUCAAAAAAGUAAAUGAUACCAAAUGAGAAUAUAUUAGACAUGGGUGGGCGAGUGGGAGAGAUAUGGUUGGGGGUUGGAGACGGAGGACAGAGAGAUAGUAUAGAUAUAAUAAUGUAAAGACAGGAUAGUAGGUAGUUAAAGAUGAAAGCACUUUUGUGACAAGAAAAGAGCAGAAUCAAUGCAAAAAAUGUCAAAUGUGUAACUGCACAAUUAACACAGUAACUAACAGUGAAGACUCCUAACCCAGGACCUUUAGGAAGUUUAUAUUACACGGUAAUACACACGUCUUACAAAUUAACACUUUAUAGCAGGAUUAUGAUAUUUUUUAAAGUUGGAAUUCUUACAUUUUGACAGUCAUGGCUAAAAACAAAUAGACCGGCUUUAAAGCAACAUCUCAGCCACUGAAACAGUCAUGGAGUGAGAUAGAUUUUAGGGAAUUUUCACAAAUGUCUAAAAAGGGGAAAGGGACAUUUGUAGUCUGCAGACUUGUAGACUACACUCUUCCUUUACAUUUAUGACUUCAAGCAAGACAUUACAGGCAAAUACGUGGAUGGAUUAACUUUCCAAGUUGAUUACUGAGAAGUCAGAAUUAAAAAAACAAACUUUUUCACUUUCAUUUUGUUCUUCCAGGAGGAAAUUUGGAUUUGGAUAUUUCUUUUUCACAAAAGAGAAAAAACAUUAAACCUUGCCGACAGUUAAAAAUACCCCCAAUAUAGCUGUGAGUAGUUUGAAAACAUGAAAAUGUUUUGUUAAAAGUUUAGGUAACAGACAGGGAUUAGUUAACUGUCCUGUAAAAUAAGCAACAAGGUUUUUGGACGUUUUCUUUGCAAUAAUCUGAAAAUUUUACUAUGAGAGAAAAAUAACCCCACAAUCCCAAAACCGUCAGUUUUGUCCUGUACCGUCUUGCCUCAAUCUGCUAAAGAUUGGUUUUCUUCCAGUACAGACGAUUAUUACCAGCUCUCCGCUUCAUAAAUCCAGGCCUGCACAUGAUGAAUAUUAGUUGUGUAUAUUUAGCGAUAGGAAAGCAAAGAUGUGAGAAAAAAGUCCUGAUGCAUUGUGGGAGCACACGGUGUGUUUUGGAAUGCUUUGAAUUGUCAGUAUCAUUACUGGAUGACAGCAGGAACCAUCACAUUUUAAUUCAUCCUCACUGUACAGACCCACUUUUAUCAUUUCAUUUGACUCCAUGCAAAAGAAAAGGGGUGGGUGGGUAAAAAGCAAGGCUUGAUGCGAUGCUCUAAGUUGAUGUGCAAUGUUUGUGUUUUACACGGGUAGUGGCGAGACGCUUUGAUUGAUGACGGACUCCGCGACGGACUUAACUAGCAGUAGUAUUUUUCUGCCGUUUAGAGCAUGUCAUGAAGCUGUGACAUCUUGGCGGCGCUGAUGAUGUCAUACUAUCGUCACUCGGGCGUUGAGGAGGUCACAGUGACGACAACCAUGAAUGCUGUUGGAUGUAGUUAUGCAGAAAACUUUUUGGUGAAUUUAAACAAUAAA